AUGAAAAAAUUGUUUUUUUUGUCCCCUUCAUAUUGUAUUGUUUUCUUUUUAUCUUGGUUCGGCCUUGGCGCGACGCCAAUUCCGAUAGCUCCCUUUUUUAACCUCCCGCUAAUAUUAGUUCUUGUCAGAACGAAACCUUUAGGCGUAAACCUUAUACCUCUAUUUCUUACUAUUGCACUUGGUGCCGGACUUGCUUAUCACGAACCUACGUCACCAUUUGGAAAUUAUUUUGAUGACUUAAAAGUUCUAGUAAUGGUUGGAUGUGUGAUUUCAGCUUUUACACUAUUUCCUAUGGUUACGCAUAGGUUCAUAUUAAAUUAUACAGAUAUAAAAGAACCCAUAGGUAGCAACAGCUGGUAUCACAGUUGGCUCAUAUUUCCGUUGCUUUGGACAGCAACAUGGUCUCUAAUUCGCAGGUAUUCUCCUUUAGGAUCGUGGGGCGAUUGGGCUUACACAAUUUAUAAUUGGGGAUAUACUGAUUAUAUGAUAUAUAAUCAUAGAAUUAAAAGAUUUAACUUUCAACAGAAUGAUACAGAAGAAACACCUUUAUUAGACAACAGAUCGUCAAAUGAUCGAAUUAAAAAGGUGUUAGAAUAUAACUGGUACUUAAUGUUCGCAUUCGGCAUUCUAUUUCUGGCUUUGUUCGUUGGUGGGUCAUAUAGACUUCAACAAAUAGAAGAUAACAAUGAGCCAUUGAAAACAAUGCCGAUUGGUUGUGUUUUACCAACUCGUGACGUUUCGAUAGAUGAUUUACUUAAAAGCUCAGACACACUUGCAACCAAUCAUAAUAGUAAAAUCGUACUUUGGUCAGAAUCAGCAAUUAGCAUUCGAAACCAAAAAGAAUUUAAUGAUAUGAUGGAUAAAGCAAAGAAUAAGACUAAAGAAAAACAUUUUUUCCUUGGUUUGACUUAUACUAUUGGAGACGAUGUAAACAUGCAUAAGAAAAAAAACAUGUUAACAUUAAUGGGACCCGAUGGCAAAGUAAUUUUUAAUUAUCAAAAAGUUAAUCCAGUUCCGUUAGUAGAAUCAUAUUAUAUUGAAGGUGGACAAAAUGAUCCACCUGUUGAAAACAUUACGACUCCUAAAACUAAACUUGACCGUGAUCCAGUAAGCAUUGAAGUUAGCGGGGCAAUAUGUUUGGACAUGGACUUCCCAGAACUACUCGGAAAGGCUGCAAAAGCAUAUCUCGUACUAUCACCAGCACGGACAUGGUCCGCACACAUUGGUCUCCACCAUCUCCGAAUGGCAUCGGUUCGUGCAAUUGAAAACGGGUAUUGGAUUCUAAGAUGCGAUGGGGGUGGUGCAUCGGGUCUUAUUGACCCUCUAGGCCGCGUUCGUCACGUAGAAAUAUCCCCGAACACGAAGAAUAUGCAAUUAUUCAGUUGGGAUAUCCCUGUUGAGGAGCCUAAAAUUAAAACUAUUUAUGCAGAAUGGGGGGAAUGGUCGAUUUGGGGAACCCUAGCCUUCCUUGGAGUACUGAGAUUAGGUUGGAUAGCCGCCUGGGAGGCAUCCCCUUACCAGAUGGGGAGAACGUGGGAUGAUGGAGUUAGAAAAUUUAAAAAUGGACGGAAAUGGAUUGAGUAUAAAUAUAAUGAAAUGUUUGAAAAUGAACGGAUGAAUUUAUUAGUGUAG